UUUCUAGUGAACCCAAGCACAACAUCAACUACUGCGUCUGCCUGUGAUCGGCGUUAGAUUGCAAAAAUACGAUAUCCUCAAAAUCCGGAAGCCCCAAUAUUGCAGACUUGUCCUGAUCAAUCAACAUGAACACCACAUCGACGGCCCGCAAGCUCCGUAUCGCCAUUCUCGGCUGCGGGUUUAUGGGAACAGCAUUGUUGUCUGGCAUUCUCAAGAACAUCACCCACUCUCAGCAUGAGGUACACUUCUCGGUCACUGCGUCCUCUUAUGCCUCGCUUCGGCGACUCGAUAAGAAAUUCGCUGGUCAAAGAGACCAAGUUGUUGUCAUCACUGGCGACAAUGUCGAAGCAGCCAAACCCUCUGAAGUGGUGAUCCUAGGGUUCCAGCCACAGCAACUUGCCGAGAUAUUGAGCAACUCGGCUUUGCUGGAAGCAAUCCGUGGCAAACUGGUCAUCUCCCUGCUGGCAGGAAUCUCCUCGCGACAGAUUACGCAGACAAUCUAUCCCAAUGCAGAGUUGAGUGAAGAGAACCGAGUAGCUCGGGUGAUCCCCAGCAUUGGCGCACAGAUCAGGGAGUCGAUGACACUAGUCGCUGAAACUCCUUUGUCUUCGUCCGACAGUGACCUUGUGGCCUGGCUGUUCCAGCAAGUUGGCCGAACGCAGCAUGUACCGGAAGAGCUCAUCAAUACCGUGACAGCAGUCAGUGCGGCAUGUCAUGCCUUGACCGUCGUGGCAGUCGAUGCCAUCGUAGACGGAAGCGUAGCCGAGGGCGUACCUCGUCAGAUGGCGCUCGACGUUGCAGCACAAUGUCUACGCAGCUCCUCCACGUUACUGCAAGGGCAUAUGUCCAUUGAGUCUCUGAAGGAGUCCAUGUCCGUUGCUAGAGGUAUCACGAUCAAUGCUCUUCUGCAACUUGACCGGGGCCACGUGAGGCCAGGGAUCUCUGACGCCGUGACACAUGCCGUACAUUACGCACAAGAGUUCACUAAGGCGGAAUAGUUGUUCUUAUUGCAUAGAUACGAAGAUAGAACUCAUGUUCGUUGCGCUCCUUCCACAGAGAACCAGUCCAGUGCAUCCAUAUCCAUUGAGUCCGCAAAGUCCAUGAGCUGUUCUGCCGUGAAUCCGUCCUGCCAGUUCAGUUCUUCAAUAUAGAAGUCCUCGGGCAGAGAUUGUGAAGAGGCCACGUAUGAAGGAGGAGGAUUAGGUGGAGGUUGAAUAGAUGGUGGUGGUUGCUGGCCAAGGUGUUGCACUUGGCGUUCAUUCUGUGCCACAUAGCCAGGCAUACCUGAUGACCUGGGAACAGUGCUUCGCUGAG